AUGAUCGCUAUAUCAUCCAUCAAGAAGACUGCUUUCGGGCUUGUCACUCUCCUCCUCCUCCUUGCGAGCAGCCCCGUAGUCUCUACGCCUGUUGCAUCCGAUACCCUGCGCGUCUUCAUCAGAGCAGACGAUGGCUCAUAUUCACCCUCGGAGUCUAUGGCAUCGGUCAUCAAGGCACGCUCUUCUGAUUGGAGCCUCGAAAAACGUUCUACAGCUACUGUCAAAGCCUGCAGCGAUGCUGGAUGCUCGAACUGCAAUACUGUGUUUGAUGGUAGUCUCGACAAGAAUACGGGCUGCCUCCAGGCCAUCAACACCGCCUGUCUGAUCGUCUCCAACCUUAACGAUGCAAACAUUCAGUUUUGGAAUCACAACGAAUGCAACGGCAGGAGUACUGUCUGGCGUGGCUGUGGCAGCAACAACGCUUUCGUCAGCGCCCCAGGCACAAACUCGCUUGGUGUGCACACUGGCUGUUAA